UCGGAGAUCGUCUCGUCUCGCGCGAUCACUGACAGUCGGUUUUUUUUAAACUGUCAAACGGCUACAUUAACGCGGAUUAAUUCGUAAAGAAUAAUUGGAGUCGUCCGCGCAAUCGAGAAGGAAAAGUUAUACCAACGGUAGAUUUAAUCCGAAUUAUUCCAUGUGAGCAAUUGAAAAACUACAAUAUAUCGCGCAUAGCAUUACAUACAGCAGCAGCAGCAGCAGCAGCAGCAGCAGCGGCGGAGCAGCAUAUAGUAGUACAGCACCGGUGCGUGUGCGAUUCGAGGAAUUUUCUCUCUCUCGCUCGGAGCAGCAAGUUAAAAGACCCCGCAGUAGCAGCAGCAGCAGCCACGGGAAAUAUGUCAACAUUCGGGGAUUGAUAUUUAAAUCGAUAUAAAAGAGCGUGGAUCAUCAUCGUGCCUGCCGAUUGAUAACAAAAUCAGCAAAAAUGGCCAGCGACGACGUCGGCUUUUUGUUCAAAACUAUGAUUGAGAGAGAUCCUAAAAAGAGACGGGUAAAACCUAUUGAAUCAGCUCAUGCGUCUCUAUUGGAUUUUGAUUUGGGAGAAAGCUCAGAUGAUAGUGACUUCCGUAUUGAAGAUCAUUGUGAAGAAUCAGAUGACUCUCUUGACUCCAAUGGUUUAAGUAAAAAAGAUCAGGACGAUGACUCUGAUGAUGAUUCAGAUGAUUCAGACGAUGAUGAUGAUGACGAUGAUGAUGAAGAAGAAGAUGAAGAAGGUGAAUUAAAUUUUGAAAAUCAACAAUUAGAAAAUGGUUGCAGCAAAAGUGAAACAAAUCAUGUUCAAAAAGAAGAUGAUUCAGGAAAAGUACAAAUACCUCAAAAUAAUUUAGUUAAUAGUGGAAUCACACGAGAGAAACUGUCAAAAAUUCUGGUUUGUUGUGGCUGCUUGGGAGAUAGAAGUGAUGAUGUUAAUGAAAUUGUUGAAUGUGAUGGCUGUGGAGUAACUGUGCAUGAGGGAUGCUAUGGAGUUUCCGACGUUGAAAGUUUUUCCAGUACAGAUUCUUCGUCGCAAUCGGCCCCGUGGUUUUGCGAAGCUUGCAGCGCGGGAAUAGAGGACAUUUGUUGUGAACUAUGUCCAAACAAAGGUGGCAUAUUCAAAGAAACAGAUGUCGGUAAAUGGGUACAUCUUGUUUGUGCUCUCUAUGUUCCUGGUGUAGCUUUUGGAGAAGUGGAUAAACUUACUAACAUUACACUUUUCGAAAUGCCAUAUAAUAAAUGGGGAGCUAAGCCAUGUUCUUUGUGUGAGGAUACCAAGUUUGCCAGAACUGGCGUUUGUAUAGAAUGUGAUGCUGGAAUGUGUCACACAUAUUUUCAUGUUACUUGCGCACAAAAAGAGGGCUUACUAUCCGAAGCACACAGUGAAGAAGUUGAUCAAGCAGAUCCAUUUUAUGCCCAUUGUAAAUUACAUUCCGAUAAAAGUCUAAUUAGGAAACGCAAAAAAAAUUGGAUGGCUUUGCAAUUACGAGAAAAAAUGUACAAACAAAUGAUUACAAAACCGGAGCAUUUGCAGUCAGAAGAAUAUUUAAGGAUACAGCGAAAACUAAAUAAGCAUCGCCAAAAGUAUUUGGCGCACAGAACGUUAAAACCAAUGCCAUGGGUACCUGAUCAAAAGAUGCCAAGAAUGAUGACCACCUCGGCAGCAGCUUGCAGAAAUUUGGAACGCAAAGCCGAAUUAAUGGGCAUCAAUGUUCAAGUGAUGGAAACUCAAGAGGAGCAGAUGGCUUCUCUCGCCGAUGUACAUAAAAAAUGGCACAUACCGCCUGCAUUUAACGUAGAAUUUAUAAGCUACUUUCUAGAUAGAAAUCAACGAACUUCACAAAUGAAUGCGCGAUUCAAGAAAUUAAUGGAGACGAAUUCGGAAUUACUAAAAUUGCAACAAACUCUCGAUCAAAAGUACGACGGAAUAUUGAAACAAAACGAGUCUCAGUUAACUUUGAACGCGAAUCUCCGGAAAAUAAUCGAUAUGUACCACAAAGUGCUCGACAGAGCGAAUCGUUCCAUGCCCAUCCCGGUGAUGGUUACCAAACCAAAGCCACCACAGCAACCUGCCAGAAAUCCGAUAAAGAUCGGAGUGCUCUCGAAGCAGCGGCAGGAGCACGUCAACAAUUCGUCAAUAUCGCACGUUCAGAACCACUUGAGCGAAUCGGACAAAGCUCAAAAAGUAAUACUCCAAGUGAGACACCAGUGCGGAAUUUGUCGGCGAAACACCGAUCAGCAUCUCUUGGCGAAGUGCGACACGUGCCACUUGCACUAUCAUCUCUCGUGCUUGAAUCCUCCGCUGACAAGAAUGCCGAAGAAGACCAAGUCCAUGGGAUGGCAGUGCUCGGAAUGUGAUAAGGAAUCGUCGAGCUCCGAAGUCGAGGGUGUCGAUACUACCGCGCCGCGUAGAUUGAGACAGUACAGAGACGCAUCUAAGUCAUUCGAGGAGAUGGAGCCGGAAUCGAAGGAAAUGAUAGUGACGAAUAGCACCAAUAGUAUAAAAAGGACGUAUUCGGAAAGUUUCAACGAUUCGCCUAACACUAAUUGCCAGAAGAUCCGAAUAAAAUCCAUAGAAGAUAAAGAUGUUAAAAAAGAAAUCGCCGCUUCGGAAUACGAUUUCUGCCCGAUCAGAGACACAAUGACAAUAAAGAAUGAACAGAAUCCGGAGUAUCGAAUGGCUUCGUACACUGAAAACUUCCACAAAUUAAAUUCGAAUCGUAAUGGAAAGAAACGCAGGAGAGAAAAGCACAAGAGGUACUCUCCUGAUAUGAUAUCCGGUAGCACAAAACAACGCAAACGUAAGCACAAAAGAAAAAAUGCUGAAAUCGAAUUGGACGGUGAAGGAAAGCCCCAAGAAGCACAUCGGCGGAUCACUAUUAAGAUCAAGCCGAUACCAUUGCCUCAAAGCAGCAUCGCGAACGACUGCACUCCAACAAUGGUAAUCAGCUCGUCGUCUUCCACAGUAGCGCCGAGCGUGGCUCCUUCGGAGAGCUAUGCCACACCGACGUCGAAUCAUUUCAACCAGCACGUGUCCAAGGGCAAGGAGAUGCCCGCGUCCUUGAAACUGACUCCCCAGAGCGCUGGAAGCGGACGAAAGAGCAAGGGCGAGACCGUGACUGUCACCUGCAUCGUGUGCAGCGAAACGGGUACGAAUCAAAAUUCCGUCGAGUGCGACGAGUGUAAAAAGUCGUAUCAUUUCACGUGCCUCGAUCCGCCGGUGAAAAAGUCGCCCAAGCGACGCGGUUACUCUUGGCACUGUGCAGACUGCGAUCCAAGCGCGUCCGAAUUGGAGAAUUGAUUGUUUGAAGCGAAAAACGAUUUUUAGUAAAUUUUUUAGUUUACUUUUAGCGUUUCGAAAGUAACGACUAAGUCUGAAAUUAUUACAAUUAGUUACAAAAGUUGUAUUAUUUUUAAUAUCAGUGCAUAAUUCCCAAUUCUAUCGCAGUUGGUAUUUAUCGUUAUGGAUGAAUAUUGAUUAUUAAUUUGAAUUAUUUAAUUUAGUUUCAAUUUUAUAAUAUACUUUUAUGAAAUUCUCAGUCAGUAAUCAUGCAAAUAGUUUCUAUUUUUAAUUAAAAGUAUGGAUAUUAACGCAAAUAUGAAUCUAAGAUUUGCGUUGAAUUGUAAAUAAUAUGAAUGGAGAAUAACUCCAGAAAAUGAAAUCGUCAAUGGUAUUGAUCAAUUAAUUGUGUUUAGAUGUUAUUAUUUAUACAUUGUACCAUGCUAAUCAAGAUUCUUAUCAAUGAAAUUUCAUUAGUCAGUAAUGCAUAUAGUAUUAUUUGCUAACUAAAUGAUGUAUUUUUAAAAUCCUAUUAAAUUAAGAUAAAAAAAGUUUAUUAAAAAUGAAA